AUGGCCUCCAUUUCCGUGUCAAAUCCUUCUCUCGUGUCACAUAAAAUCAGUCCACACAGGCUCCAGUUGCCAUCAGAUGAAAAAUUAGUCAUGUCUAGUACUGCAUCUCGGAGGACCGUGGUGCAUGCUGCACCGAUAGUUCGACAGAGUCGAGGAAGCAUGCCGGAGGCCAGAAGUUCUCUUGCCAACAUGUGGAGAGAAAUUCAGGGCUCCAACGACUGGAAGGACCUGGUCAAGCCCUUGAAUCCCCUCCUUAGGGAGGAAGUCGUGAGGUAUGGAGGGUUUGUCACUGCAUGCUAUAAGGCCUUCGACCUCGACCCAAGCUCCAAGCGAUACUUGAAUUGCAAAUUUGGGAAGAAAAGCAUGCUGAAGGAAGUGGGGAUGGAGGGCUGUGGCUACGAGAUUACUAAAUACAUCUAUGCAACACCUGACAUUAGCAUCCCCACUCAAAGCGGGACGAGUUGCAGUCGGUGGAUCGGGUUCGUCGCGGUCUCAUCCGACAAUGAGAUGAGGCGGCUUGGGAGGAGGGACGUCUUGGUGUCCUUCCGCGGAACUGUAACCAACACCGAGUGGAUUGCCAAUUUCAUGAGCUCAUUGACCCCUGCGAGGCUAGACCCUCAUGAUUCCCGGUUUGAUGUGAAGGUGGAGUCUGGCUUCCUUAGCCUCUACACCUCUGAUGACAGCACUUGCAAGUUUAGCCAAGGGAGUUGCCGAGAACAACUUCUCAGUGAGGUGACAAGGAUUAUCAAGGAGUACAAGGACGAGGAGGUGAGCAUCACAUUGGCGGGGCAUAGCAUGGGGAGUUCUCUAGCUCUUCUAUUUGGAUAUGACCUCGCAGAGCUUGGUCUUAAUAGGUUGGGUUUGAACCGAGAGAUAUCCGUUACUGUGUACUCGUUCGGGGGACCAAGGGUCGGGAAUUUGGACUUCAAAGAGAGGUGCGAGGAGCUCAGGGUGAAGGUCUUGAGAGUUGUGAACGUAAAUGAUCCUGUUACAAAGCUGCCUGGUGUUUUCCUUAAUGAGAGCUCAAGGAUUAUAGGGGGAAAGUACGAGAUGCCAUGGAGCUGCUUAUGUUAUGCUCAUGUUGGAGUUGUGCUGGCUCUAGACUUCUUCAAGGUGCAGAACCCUGCAUGCGUUCAUGACUUGGAGGCUUACAUAGGACUAUUAAAGUGUCCCAAGAUGGCGCGAGUCCAAAUGGAUGGGAAAGAUCUUCUAAGCAAGGCAAGGAAAGUACUCCACGCACAGAAAUUUGAUGGAUGGAUAUGGCAAGAUGUUGCAAGACAAGUGGGUUACCUCGUACAAUCUUUAGGAUUUUAA